AUGUAUAUGUAUGUAUUUCCUUAUAACAAGUUCAGGAUUAUAUAAACCUAACAAAGAAAACCAAACAACAGAGAUAAAAAGACGAGUUAGACUGGCAUUUGCGGCAUUUUACAAAUUAACCUACAUUCUUAAAAACAAAAGAUAUCCACAGCAUUUUAAGACCAACGUAUACAAUCAAUGCGUACUCCCUGUUCUCACUUAUGGUUGCCAAACGUGGACAUUUACAAAAGCAAACAUGGACAAAAUCAUAAAAACCCAAAGAGCAAUGGAAAGACAAAUGUUGCACAUAAGACUAGUGGAUAAAAAGAGAAACGAGUGGAUAAGAGAGAGAACUAAAGUGAGGGAUGUUAGACAAGAAGUUAAAUUGAAAUGGAGAUUUGCCGGACACAAUAUAAGACAA